AUUACCGGGCAGUUACAGGUCAGGGGGAGUUGAAUAACGUUGACGUUUUGACAGAACAGACCUUCGACGAAAUGUUACCAAUUAUGAGUUACAGGACUUCUAUUAUCGUUUGUUGAAGUUGUUUCGUUCUGAAAGUUGUGCGUUAUAAAGCUAACUCGUUGCGUAACUCAUAACGCGUGACAUUACUGAAUAAUAUGUAAAAGGUUUUCGGCUUUGAAGACCGUCCUGUUUCACCCAUUCCCUAACGUACCGUGUUAUCUUAGGGCAUGAAUUCAAUUCUGCUUGAAAAAAUAAGAUAUGAUCCAUAGCACAAGAGAAGUACUCCGGCGGAUACACGACAUCUUUCUCAAGCUUGCCCUGUUUCCAAGCGCAUUAGGAAGGAAACGGGGACCUCGUCCCGCAGCCUCCGAAGUGUUGACAUGUCACCUGUCUCAGCGGAACUUUCCGCCCUGGACAUCUUUCUGUGUCCGCUACAGCGCCGUCACCAACGACCAAUUCGGACGGUCGAACUUCAAUUGGGUGGUACAGGGCGCCAACUAUCAAAUACUGAGGACCGGAUGCUUCCCUUUCAUUAAGUACCACUGCUCCAAAUCACCCCCAGGAAACCUGGACCUCGAAGACAAGUUUUUCAGUGCGCUGAAAGUCAUCAACUUAGGUAUCCCGUGUUUGGCCUACGGUGUGGGCUGUUUGAUGGUGAUCACCGCUACUGAGACUGUCCAAACUAGUGCCGGCCCGGUCACUGUUUACUUUGCUUUCAAAGAAAAAGACACACAAUAUUAAAGCUCAAUUUCUGUACAGUU